AUGGUGGAGAACGAUGAGGAUCGACCGCCAACCCCACCCGAGGUUUAUCAGGAAAAGAUGUGUGGCGGGUUGGCGAUUCCCGCAUCAUCCCCGUCAAUCCCACUUCUUCCAAAUGAUGACCUUCGCAACAAUCAUUUUCUUCCCUCAUUUCAUCCAUCCGAUCAACUGAAUCAUCAUGAGUUCAUGCACAACAAUCGAAUCAAUCAACACCAUAUUGAUACACUGGAAAAUGAGUGUACAAGGCUAGAAGAACAGUUGCGGAUUGAGAGGGAAGAAAAAAGGAGGAUUCAAAUGGAAGCACAGGAUGAGCUCACCCGUGAGAUUUCCCAAGCCGAAGACAUUUGGAUUGGAAAGCUGAAGAUAGCGAUGGAAGAGAGAGAUCUUCUGAAACAGAAAGCCCUUGUGCUUGAGGAACAACUCGAUGGAUCGAGAGCUGAUACGAAUAGAGCGGUUGCCUAUCGAAUCGAAUUGGAGGACAGUCGGCAACGAUUGCAGACACAAUAUGAUUCACUGUUGAGAGAUUAUGAUGAGACGAUGCUCGAGAGGAGUCAUGUUCUCGAGGAGAACAACCGUUUGGCUGAGGAGAGGGAUCGGUUAAAGCAAAAUCUGAAAAAUAUAAAUGGGCUGAUGCAAGGACAACAAUCGUCCAAGAAUGACACCCAAAUACAACAGUUGCAGACGAAACUCGAUCACACUCGGCGUUUGUUGCAAUUGAACAUGCAAGAAUCGGCGGCAGCAAACGUGCGAAGAGGAGAAACGAUUGAAGAGAUUGGAAGACUCAAGAGAAGAAUCGAUGCGCUCUGUGUGGAAAAAGAGGAUUUAUGCGCUCGCUUGUUGACGGCGGAAGCGGAGAGGGAAUCGGUGGCUGACAUUUGGACAAGUCACGCUGUAGAUAUUACAAUGCCAUUCCCAAAAACGAAUCUCGGAAUCAUAUUGGCGGGUGGUUCGACUCCGAUCUACGUGAAAGAAGUUCAUCCCGGCUCUCCGCUUGAGCACUCGAUAAGACGAUUCGAUCACAUUGUCUUGGUGAAUGAGAUCGAUGUGACGGACAUGGACAUUCGAUCUAUUUACGAUAUUUUGAGGAAUAGUCAUCAUCUAAAAAUGGUGAUCAGACGCCGGGCGAACAUGCACCAAAUACAAGAGGUCGUCAUUGCCGGACAUUCGGAUAUCGGCUUGGAAUUGGCCAAUGGAGUCUUCGUGAAUCGGGUUGAGCCUGGAUCGGCAACGGAUCGAGCUAAAUUGAGUGUCGGUGAUCGAGUGAUUUUCGUGAACGGAGUCCCGGUGGGCGAUGCAAGGCAAGCCGAGGAGCUACUCAAGAGCACAAACGGAGUGGCUCGUUUGGGUGUCUUGUUGGGCCGACCUCGAGAGCAAUCUCGAUCCACUGCCUCGACGGAAAAGUCUUCAAAAUCCGUUUUUUCGAAGGUGCACGAGAAGUUAUUUGGCGGUAGAGCUCCGACCAAAACGCGAGACAUCAUCGCCACGGCGAAUAUCGAUCCUGAUACGCCUGGUGAUUUCAUGCGCCACGGAUCGCUGCGCGUCCCAGCUCCGUCACCCCGUCAACAGCAAUUGAUUAGAACUGGAUCAUUGAGAGCUCCAUCCGGUGUGGGUCUGCAAAAGGAGUUGGUCGGGAAAAUGGAUCAAUUCCGGCACUCGGUCGCCUCGUCGCCCGUUCACCCAUCCACCGGAUCAACAUGGCCAAAAUUGAUAGAUCCAACGUCGGGUUUUCGUAAGCCGCUUCCCUCAAGACCGAGCGUUUUCCCGGUUUUCCCACCGCCCGCAAGCCCAGCCACCACCACAAAACAGAGUUGCCAAACCUGUUCCUGCACUUCUCCAUCUCCAUUCCCGGCUUCAACCUCAUCAAUCGAUUCUCCUCGAUUGGCCUCUUCCACUCCGCGCCCUUCUGCCUCCACUCAUGGGCAUCGAGUCAGCGCUAAUUUUAGCGGCGCUCUCCCCCAGCCUCCACCCUAUCCUGGUCGCCGUCUCGAUGCCUCACUCUCCUCAAUUCUUUCUUCAUCCAAUUCAGUUCCCCAUCCGUCAACCUCAUCUGUCAAUUAUCAAAUCAAUAACUCGCCAAGUGAGACCGUUCUCUCCGAGUAUGCGUCGGAGGCGAUUCGACGGUUGACAAGGAGUCGAGAUAGUGAAUUUGAGCCCGGUGACAUAAGCUUGGAAAGGCAUCCAGUGAGACAAAAGAAACACAUGGAUGAGGUCGUCUUUCAGCCAUCGAAAGAUCGAUUCGAGCAAGAGACCGAUGAUGCGUUCCCUGUGGGCAUAUUUCCGCGAUGGGUGCAGGUUCCUCGACGAAAUGUGCGUAUUUGCGGAGGGAAUCUUUGUGGAAUCGUGGCCGAUUGUAAUGUGGUGAAUCCACAAAAUCCGGAUAAUACGAUCUAUGCGGGAGAUCUCAUUUUGGAGGUUGACGGAAUGGAUGUGAGAACGGCAACACUCGAGAUUGCGACUGCUUAUUUAACUGAGGGUACAUCCGAAUUGGUUGGUCUUUUCGUGGAUGGUGGUGGUGAUCGAUUGGAGAAGAUUCGAGCUGGAACUGAUGGCGAUGGAUUUUACGUGAGAAUCAACGUUGAUCGAAUUGGUGAGAAUGGAGACGAGUUGGAUAUCAAAGCUGGAGAGAUUGUCUACGUGGACAACACUCUCUUCAUGGGGCAAAAGGGGCGGUGGAGAGCGUGGAAAGUUGACAGAGAAGGACGUCAGCGCCAGUGCGGAAUCAUCCCGUCAGCCGAGUUGGUGCACCGAGAUCGAGGCAGACAAAAGGGACGCUACAACGCGCCAAAGCUCACCCGUGGCACUCCGUCACUAUUGGGCGCGGUGAGAGCCGUUUACGAGCGAGUGGAACGGGUGGCCGCGUCGGAGAAGCGACCGAUUCUCCUCGUUGGCCCGUACACGGCCCCAUUCACUCAGACACUCCUUGACGAUGCACCAAACAAAUUUACCCAAUGCGUGGCCGAGUGUCGCGCUCUCUCUCAGUCCGAAGUGGAGCGAAUGCUGGCCGCGGGGGAAAUUAUAGAAGCGCGACGUCGCGAUCAGCUCUUCGACGUUGUAUCGGUGGCGGCCUUGCAACAACAGAUCGAUCAGGGAAUGCACUGUCUUAUCGACGUUUCCCCGUCGGCGAUCAAUCGUCUCCACGCGUUGCGCAUCUACCCGAUCGUCAUUCAGAUAAAAUUCAAGAACUCGAAACAAAUCAAAGAGCUAUGCGACGAGAACGGGGAGAAGAUUCAGUCGAAAGCGGCGAAGGAAUGGUUGGAGAGAGGGCAAAAUGAGGAGAGAUUACUAGAGGCUCUCGAUUGUCAUCAAGCCACCGUUCUUGUUUCUCCACAUCACGCCGUUCGCACUCUCGUGAAGCACGUCUGUCAACAAGUUGUCGCCCAUGUGGAACACGAACAGCGGAAAACCCUUUGGGUGGCCUCACUUGCUCAUCUU